CCAGCUACAGCCUGCACAGCUGUGAGAGAAGCAGGAGGAGGCGGAUCUGGCAAGGAAAAAAGUUCCUUUGCUAAACAUGAGGAAAUAGAAAGAUGAAAACAUGCUCCACCCGCUUCUUCCCAGCCAGCCGUACCCUCUCUCUUCCAGCCCAGUCCUGGCAAAGGAAACUCCCUGAUUUCUGGUGGUGCUUGUAGUUCCCAGAGAUACUAACACAUAUUGGCUUGACAUAUAAAAGACUUCGAGGUUUUCUUUCGAGACACCUUACUUCACUAACAACACUGAAGUGUUCCUGGUUUUGCAAAUAAGUGACUCCUGAUUGGGAAUGCUGCUCCUGCAAAUUCUUCUCCAGUCUUGGACUCUCUAUUACUGGGCAUAUGGUGAAGAAACUCAUACCUUCAUCAUGUCAUUGACUGCCAACUUUUCAAAAGAGAACUCUGCGGAAUUUGUGGGCAAUGCCGUCCUAGAUGGGAUACUGAGCCAUAGCUUGGAGGGUGAUAUUGAACAGCUGAAUGUGAGCCAAUUGUUAUCAUUAGAGGCACCAAACCUCUGGGAACAGACGGAAAGCAAACUGCACAAAUACCUGCAGAGCUUCCAGGGAAUGGUUAUGAUACUCUCUAAGGAAAAGAUCAUAUCCUAUCCCAUAUCCAUAUAUUGCACAAAGGGGUGCGAAGUGUCUGAAAAUGGCACCAGAAGCUUCUACAAGAUUUUGCUGAAUGGGAGCGAUUUCCUGAAAUUUCACACAAAUAGUAAUAACUGGGAAGGUUUGUCUAACACUCUUGUGGCCAAUUAUACCAGUAAGAAGCUGAAUCAAUUCCCAGAGACAACCACCAAUCUACAGUUCUUCCUACAAGAAACAUGUGUCAACUUUGUAAGGGCGCAUACUAACAACAAAGAAGCUAGUACUGGGCAACGUGAAGGACCUUCACACACUCCACUAGUGAUAGGCAUCAGCAUCGGUGCUCUUGCUCUAAUGGGAUUAGCUGUUUGCCUGUUCUUGUGCACAGGUGGGAAGAGAUAGCAGAAGCACUGACAAACAAAUGGACCAUCAGCUUUCUUGGUUUCUCAGUGGAGCCAAUUGGAAGAGAAACAUGCAGGACUCGGAAUGUGUGGGGAAACAGACCAUCACUAUGAGAAAUAUAGGAAUCUUAUAUCUAUCUGAAAAAAUGGUUGUCUUUUCUCCUUUAAAGAAGUUUCAACUGGUGUAGGUGGUUUUGGACUAGGAGGUCCAUGCUCAAGUUCCCACCUGACCACAGAGUUCAUUCAUCACUCUGAGUCAGUCACUUCCAAUUCAACUCAACCCAAUAUGCCAGUUUUCAUAUGGCAUUAUAUUUUAUCAUGCUGAGAGCCAGUUUGGUCUACUGUUUAAGGCACCAAGUUAGAAACCAGGAAACUGAGUUCUAGUUCUGCCUUAGACAUGGAAGCCCGCUGGGUGACUCUGGGCAGUCACUCUUUCUCAGCCACAAUGUUGGGCUUGUCAUAACCAAUGCAUCAACGCUUGGUUGAUCUGGAGAAAAAAAGGAACUCUGCAUUUGUAGGGGAAAAAAUGGUGUAGGAAAACACUAGAAAUAUUUUUUUUUAUCAUGCUAUGUCAGUAUAUACCUGUUUAUUUACAUAUUGUGUUGGUUUUUUUAUUUUGACCAUGUUGCAUUUUAUUAUGUUCUGUUGGCAAUGUUUUAAUUUGCACUGUAUUAUACCCAUUUUUUGGGAGGUAUUUAACAAUCAGAGUUGCAUGUUCUUUUAUUUCUUUAUCCAUCAGGCAAAUACAAUGUAAAAAUCUAGAAUGCUUCAAUUUCUUUUUGUUUUUUUCUAUGUUCAUCUUUGAAAGAUCCUGAUACAAUUAAAGUUGUAUGAAAAUUUUAGGCAUUCCUGAUCAGAUCACAUUACAGAGCUUUAACAAAGGAAAUAUAUUGAUGGCAAUGUGAUACACUUCAGUUGAUUUUGGAUGGCUCUUUCUAUACUUCUGUAGCUCCAAAGGGAAUUUAUGAUGACAAAUUCUGUGGACCUUUAUAAGCCUGUGGACUUUUAAAAGCAUUCAGAAUUAGCAAUUGUCUGUUUUAUAAAUUAAAUUGGGUCAAGCUAGAAAUAAUGCUUCUCUCAAGAGGUUUUUACAGAAUGUCUUCAGAAGUUUACUAAAAAUUAGGACUCCACUAUUUUUUCUGGAUGCUUAGGAUUACAGUGCUUAUCAAGAAAACAUGAGAUAAUAACUCCAUGCAUUUUAUCCUUAUAACACUGAGCAGGCGGCCAACAAUUGCAAAAUUGCUGCCUAUUCAUCACUUCUAAGUGCUCUAAAGAUCCUCCAAAAAUCGUCAUUUAAUUAAGGAUUUUAUUAGCUGUUCGCCAGAAUUUAGAUCUGGGGUUUUCAGUUAUGAGCUGGCAUAAUCAUAUAUUUAAAUAGUCAUAUAUUUUUUUUUUAAAAAAGCAUUUUACCUGUCAAGUUUCCUUUCAUUUGUAGAACUUAGAAUAUAGUUCUUAAAACAGAAAAAAGAAUGGCAUAAUUGGCUGGAUAUUUUUUAUAAAGUUAUUCCAAUCUAUGCAUAGUUUGUGGCUAUUUAUUUCACUGCUCGCCUUUUCUACUUCCUUAUUCAUAUAGUGGCUUCAUCAGUUUCAUCCAUUAUAAUACAAUGCUGCUGGUAAAUAUCAGUGGGCUGGUUUUCCAGAUUAAAUAAAGCAAUUUCAUUUUCAGUCAAGAAAUAAACAUUAUUUACUGCUAGGUCAUUCUUGAGAAUAAGAGGCUGAUCCAGGGUCAGAAAGUGCAGCCAUCUUUUCAGUAAAGUUAUAUAAAAUGAUACUGCAAAAUACACAAAAGUCUGCAUGAGACAGUUAUGGGUGUGCCUAUUAGCCAAGAGACUGGGAAAAAUAGAAACUAUGUGCCUUUCUAACCAUACCUUUUCCAAUGGUCCUAUAGUCAUGUUGAGCAGUUACAGUGUAUUUGUUGUAUGUACUGAAAAUAUGUCAAUAUUUACAGGCAUGAGUACCAUACACUGCAAUAUGGGUAAUUUGAAAAUAUCUGGGAAACUCCAAAUACUCAGAUUCCAUACUUUGUACUUCUGCAAACAUAUGUGUUACUUAAAAUAUGAAUUGGCCCACGGUUCCCACAAAUUUAUAAUCCAGUAUUCUUACUUAUCUAGUUAAAAUGUUGUAACUGCAACAUUAUAUAGAGCUCUGUUAAAAAAAAA